AUGCCCAGGAGGAGGUGGGGACAGGGGGCCCAGCAUGAGCAAAGGAACAGAGGAAACAUUUCUCUCAAAUGCAUGCAAGACACCGAUGAAUUCCUUUCCGAUUUGAAUUCAGUGGAGCCCAAAGAAUACGCUCUAAGAAUGUACGACUCCGUCGGGAAGCUGGGGAGCAACGUUCUUAACGGAAACGUGGACAGGCUGGGAUCGUACAGUGAGUGCCUCUCCACGCACGCUCCCUCGGGGGGCUUCCGAGGGCAGUAUUGCAAGCUGCAUGUCCUGCAGGAUGGAGCCGAAUACAGCGUGGGUGUGUGUGUCCCUGAUUCUUGUGCCGAAAAGGAUGUGACUGUGAUGUCUCAGUUGGAUAUUUUAAGAUUCAGAAAUACUUCAUUUUUGGCCCCUUCUCUUUCUCUCUUUACAAUAAAUUCUUCCUCCUCAUCUGGCGUGGUUGUGGCUAGAUGCGCUACUGGAAUGUUCCCCUUCGACACCUUUGUUGCCGUGUGUCUGUGCCUCACCUUGCUGGGCGUCGUCCUGCCCCUGGCCGGGACUGUCUACGUGGCAUUCAGGGGGAGGGGGUCUGACGACAGGGCGCCACCCACCCCUCCGGCCCCUGACAGGAGUCUGCCUUUGAGAGAGACACAGAGGACUGAACCGAGAAGCAGAGCGGGUUGCCCGGCCCAUCUCUCACUAUCAGGAACCCCAAGCAGAGGAAAAAGAUUUUUAGGAGCCGUGGAGCAUGCUCUGACAUGCUUUUCUUGGCAGAAGAAUGUGCCGGCCGUCUGGACAACAGAGACUCCAGGGAGCCCGUGCUCUGUGCUGAACGGCAUCCGGGUUCUGAGUCUCCUCUGGAUCAUGUCGGGGCACACCAGUCAGAUGACUGCAUGGCUGUCUUUGGAUAACGUGCUCGAGUGGAAAACCAGAGUGCCUAAAAACCCACUGUACCUUUGUUCUCGGAGCGGCCCGUUCUAUCUUGGGGUUGACACAUUCUUCCUGGUCAGUGGCUGGUUAAGUGCAAGGUCGUUUUUAAAGAUACAUCAGAAUUCAGACAAAGGAACAACCCUCAGAGUCAUACUCAGAUACGUCCUCAGCCGCCUUACAAGGUUGCAGCCUCUCCACCUGUAUUCCGUGUGCCUGUUGGUUGGCUUGUUCUCUCUUGUUCCCUGGGGACCUGUCUGGGACGUGCCCAAGUUCCACCUGGAUAACUGCCGGCAGGCGUGGUGGACAAAUCUGCUGUUGCUCAAUAAUUUCCUGUCGGUCCGAAACGCGUGUAAUGGCUGGACGUGGUACCUCGCCAACGACUUUCAGUUCCAUCUCACCACGCCGGCGAUCGUCCUCAUCCACGGAAAAAGUAAACAUGUCCUUGUCCUCCUCGGGGCCAUGCUGUUCUUGGCGUCUUUCACCGCCACAGCUCUGCUCACACUGGCUCAUAGCCUUCCGGUCGCAGCUCCGUCGGAAGCAAGUGAAAAUGUGACUGUGUUGUAUUUCUCGGAGUAUUACACUAAGCCCUACUGCAGAUACGGGCCAUUCCUCGUGGGCCUCUUUCUGAGCAUUUUCAUGCACCAAAACCACCAGGCAAACAUUCUUAAAACCAAGGUGCAGGCCACGCUGGGGUGGAUUUGCUGCCUGUCUACCCUGUUCAUAGUGGUCGCCCUGGCGUACGUGGUGGAUGACGCCCCUGCCACCUCCUCGCCGGCCGCUGUUCUGUACCAGGCCCUCCACCGGACCCUGUGGGCGGCGGCCGUGGGCUGGGUCAUGCUGGCAUGUCGGGAAGGCUACGGAGGUCUGGUGGACCGGCUGCUUUCUUGCCGGCUCUGGACUCUCCUGGCCAGCAUCAGUUACGCUUGCUACUUGGUGCACCCUAUCCUCAUCAUGCUCUACAACGGGCUUCAAGAAACGCUGAUUCACUUCACUGACACCAACAUGUUCUAUCUUUUCUCUGGACACUGUUUGCUGACCUUCGUCACUGGGCUGGCCCUGACGCUGUGCAUUGAGAAACCAUGUCAGGAAUUGAAGCAGCACCUGCUGGGACCAAUGCCUGCAGGGCCAUGAAUGUUCUGGUACAACCCGGAAGAAUGGAUGGGUUCAUUCUGUGGGUGAUGAGCGAAAGCAGGCGUGGCCUCGUUUAUGUAAUGGAUGUUGUCCCCCCGGCAAGGGGUGUGAAUCUGAUUUUGUGAAUGUUUAAGAUGUACAACUUCUCUGUGCUUAAUACGUGAAAGAGUUCUGAGUGUUUACUAUAUAAAAGGGUUCUGUGAUAGCCUACCUAGUAGCACAAUAAUCACCCUCUGAUAUACCUUUUCAGAAAAAAACAAAAAACAAAAACAAAAAAACAACCUGGAUUUUUGGGGUCUUGUCCUCCAUGUAUUUUCUAUACCGAUGAUCAUAGGAAAACCGUAAUCUAGCAAAUUUAAUGCAAUCUCGGUUAUAAUGUUCACUUUUCUUGGUAAAAUCACAGUAUGUAGUUUUUCACAUCGUGAUUGUCUUUGUGUUAUCAUGAUACCCUUGUAGACUUGUAACUUUACCCUGGUGCCUCAGGAUUGUAUGACCCACUGGCGUGCACAAUUCAUGAGUGCAUAGUGACAGGCCUUCCAAACAUUAUCUAUUUUACAGUGUGGUCCCUGUUAGGGGUUGAAUGUGUCUGCUGAAAACGAUACAAAGUCCAAAUCCUCUAGUACCUUAGAAUGUACCCUGUUUGGGGGUUGGGGUUUUAUAGAGGUAAUCAAGUUAAAGUGAGUUCAUGGGGGCAGGUGGCCCUAAUCCAAUAUGACUGGUGUCCUUAUGAAAAGGGGACAUCUGGACAUGGAGACAGAUCUGCACAGAUGGAAGAAGGGGUGAAAAUGUAUAGGAAUAAGGCAUCCACCCACAAGCCAAGAAACCCCAAGGAUUGCCAGCAGACCCAGAAGCCAGAGGAGGCAAGGAAGGACUCUCCCCUGGAGCCCUCAGAGAGAGCACAGUCCUGCCGACAUCUUGAGUUAGGACUUCAGCCUUCUAGAACCGUGAGACGAUACACAUCUGUUGUGGUAAAUCAGCCAGUGUGUGGUGCUUUGUUACAGCAACCCUAGCAAAGGAAUACAGUCCCUCAACAAAACUCCCAGUGGAGAAGCGGGAGACCCGAGUGAAUGGCUUCCAUCCCAACCCCUCCGUUUG